ACCAUUGGCCAAGGACAGCUUACGGGACCAUCUGCUCUACUUCGACAUUUCGCCCGGCCAUCACCAAGAUGCGCCUGGGCAUGGCGACGCUGUGGCUUCACGUCAAUGCCUGCAAGCAUCGCAAACGGAAUCACGGUUCACGUCAACGGUUCAAUUGCGCAGUUCACGUCAAAAUAAAAAAGAUGGUUGCUGACAAGGCAGGCAAUUACAUCCUGAAGGAAGCCAUGAAAGUCAAGAUCCGCCGGCACCAUAACCACAGUGGAUACGUGGAGAUCGAUGUGUACGACCUGGCCUGGGAUUGGUUUCGGGUUCCGAAUGAAAACUUUGGAAUCACCAUAGAGACGACCGACCACAGGAAGACGCCGAACCUUUCCAUCAACAGCUUUCUGGAUGCUCGGGAUGAUGACAGAGAAAAGCUGCCGGUGCUGGAGGUACACGUCAGCUCUGAUCAGCGUCGCAAAAAGCGCGCCCCCAGCGGCAACUACUGCUCGGACGACAGUACCGAGACCAAGUGCUGCCGCUUCCCACUGGUGGUGAACUUCCACGAGUUCGACUGGGACUGGAUCAUCGCGCCCAUCUUCUACAGCGCCAACUACUGCUCGGGCGACUGUCCGUACGUCUAUCUGCAGAAAUACCCGCACACGCACAUCGUGCAGCAAGUGGGCGGCACGGCGGGACCGUGCUGUGGCCCCCGCAAGCUCAGGCCCAUCGAGAUGCUCUACUGGGACACAAGCAAUCACAUCAGGUUUGACUGGCUGCCUGGUAUGAUUGUGGAGAGCUGCGGCUGCCUCUAGACGGGCGGCCAGCGCCGCGCGGCCUGCGGCCCACAUCCCCGGCCGUGCCCGCCGCGGCCUGGCGGAGAGAACGAGACGGAGGGGGAGACUGGGGUGACGUGCGCUCCCCAUAGCUGUGAUACGUCGCCGGGUCCUGGACGUGGCCGGGCGGUGCCCCCGACUGUCGGCGACCGUGCCGAGCGGCAGAACAAUCGGCCACGUCCGAGCCGGGCGAGCCGAGCCGGGCGAGUAACGGGCGCCACGCGCCGCCCCGGCCCGGCCGCGCCCGUCACUCUUCAUGUGUGCUGCGCAGCUUCGCCUUCGCGCGUCCCAGCAGCGUCAGCCGCCACCGGAGCCGCCGCACAAGCAGACGCGCCACGUGAAGACCAGCCGAAGCCGAGCGCACGCUCUGUUAUGACCCCGAUACGGCUUACGCCUCUCCUGGUGGCUCAUUAGGACUCGGCCAGCCGUCAAUCAUUGCGGAAUACGGUUUAUGGCACGCGGACUGCAGCUUGUUAAAGCUGAAAUUCCUCGGUGUCUAUCGGGGGCUAUCGAAAGCGUAUACACGCCGCAUCCGCUGCCGCUGGGGCAGGCGGCUACUCUGCAUUUGUCCGUAAAUCACCGCGCUUCCGUCUUGGGCCUGACAGCUGUCAUGCACUCAUCCUGCUGAUUUCGAAACGUCUGUCCGCAAACUGCGCACAAAGUCCAGCCAUGGAGCCAGUUCCACCCACAGCAGAGGCUGCUUCCCGCCAGUCCUACAGUCACUUACAUAUACAGCUCGAGUUGGAUGCGAUGCUAAUACCGAAAUAUUAUGCACAUAAUCGCGGCGCGUUUGGGCCCGGCGUCCUCGCUUGACCGAUGGUACACUUAAAGGGCGCUCCAUGUGGCCGGUACCGUUCGCCUUAUCAACACCAGCACGUCACAUAUGGGCGACGGCGAAGGCGCUCCAGCUGCUAAGGAAUAUACGGACGAUAGCAAUCCGUUCGCCCGCGUGUAUGGCACCACAAUGGGCUCUCGCUAGAUCCACGCGACGUGAUGCUGCCAGUGCUGAAGCGUAUUUACAAGCUGGACGAACUGCAAUCUGGUUUUUAAGUGCUGAUGAAAAAUCCCCGUUUUUUGCGACUUCAAAUUCCUCGAUGUUCCAAGCAUCUCCUAAGCCAUUGCACCUUUCAAACUAACAGAGUAGGAAAAUUUGAGUAGGACGUGUCAAACCACAAAUACUGAGUACUGGUGUUACAUUGAUGUUGAGGUACAAGUGCCUCAGAAGAACAAUCAAAUGUCAUCACUAUUCGAGCAAAGCGGUGACAUUCUUGAAGAUUGGAUGUGAACUUCCCAAAAUGUGGGUCCACACAGCGCGAGCCCACCUAGACUUUUCUCCUCCGACUUGGUCGUCGUGGCUAGCUUCCGUUAUCACGCCUUUCAGUGGCUGUGGGUCAAACAAGCACAUCCCCAUUGACUGAGGACUGUCUGCGCCCUCGCGCCCACAUGGGAUCGAGGAGUCGACGUCUCACCAAUACGCCAUCAGCGCUGACGCCCCUCGCCCGGGCUUUCGUUCGCCCGAAAGGAUUUCAAAUGGAGCUGGCUUUUAACGCGUUGGCCGUGACGGUCAUGGUACAACAUUGUCAGCUGGCAUCUGGCUUAACGACGGUGCGGGCUGCGCUUGCGUAUUCAAGACUCAGUGUUUCUAUUCAUAAUCACGUAUAUAUUUUAACCGUAAUUUAUUAUUAUGGUGAGAGCUGUCAUCAGCAUUUGUGCAUGUGGAACAUAGAAGAGGAUUUGUACUGCUGCAUGCAGGGCCGUGAGCGCUCGACACUAAGUCUGAGAAGGUGCUGCCAUGUGAACAAGAAUGAGUGAGCAUUUAGCGAUGAGCGACUCAGGUUCAGACGUCUUUUCAUUUUGAGAGAGUGCGAUUGCAAUGUGUCAACGAACUGAUCUUUCAUUUUCUUGUUCAGCCCAAUCUGUUCUUCGUUCAUAGUUUGCCACUGCUUGUCCAUAAAUCCGUUUGUCAGUAGAAACACUUGCUUGAAUCGCCAGUGCUCUUUGUAGACUAGAUCAAGUGCAUUUACCUGAUGUUCGAUUUUGCGUUAGAUAGUAUUCAUCGUCAUGCGUCUCUGACUUAAAAUGCUGCGGUUCAUUGUCACUCGGUAGUAGGGCACGAUUACAUGAUGCAGGGGUUUGGCUGAAGCGGCUGGUCACCUUGAUACGGUCGGACACAGCCAGGUUUGUUAAAAAGCCUGUUUCUUUUCCAUAGAGUUAUUUCGUAGAAAACGCCAACGUGCUUUUUGUACUUGAACUUUGCCGCCAUGAGUGAACAUUCUCGUAAUAAACGAUC